UCGCGAUCGCAGUGCCCGUGUCGAGGCAGCGACGGAGCCCGGGACAUGGCGGGCCUGGGCUCCCCAGAACGGGCUGGUCCCGCUCCCGUCCCGGCCACUCGCGUGGAGCUCACGGUGUCCUGCAGGCAGCUCCUGGACAGAGACACCUUCUCCAAGUCAGACCCAGUCUGUGUGCUGUACACGCAGUGCCCUGGCAGCAACCAAUGGCGGGAGUUUGGCCGGACUGAGGUCAUCGACAAUUCCCUGAAUCCUGACUUUCUGCACAAGUUUGUCCUUGAUUACUGCUUUGAGGAGCGGCAGAACCUGCGGUUUGACCUGUAUGAUGUGGACUCCAAGAGCCCGGACCUCUCCAAGCAUGAUUUCUUGGGCCAGGCAUUCUGCACCCUGGGGGAGAUCGUGGGCUCAGCCGGCAGCCGCCUGGAGAAGCCUCUGAUGAUGGGGACAGCCACCAUGCACCCCCGGGGCAGGAGACCCUCCCCAGCCUCCUCCAGUGGUGGCGUUCCAGGGAAGAAGUGUGGCACCAUCAUACUCCUCGCUGAAGAGUUGGGAAACUGCCGGGACGUGGCCACACUUCAGUUCUCUGCCACCAAGCUGGAUAAGAAGGAUUUCUUUGGAAAAUCUGACCCCUUCAUGGUCUUCUACCGCAGCAAUGAAGACGGGACUUUCACCAUCUGCCACAAGACGGAAGUGGUGCGGAAUACACUGAACCCCAUCUGGGCAGCCUUUGCCAUUCCUGUCCGUGCCCUCUGCAAUGGGGACCAUGACCGAGCCAUCAAGGUGGAGGUAUAUGACUGGGACCGUGAUGGCAGCCACGACUUCAUUGGGGAGUUCACCACCAGCUAUCGGGAGCUCGCGCGAGGCCAGAGCCACUUCAAUGUGUAUGAGGUGGUGAAUCCCCGGAAGAAGAUGAAGAAGAAGAAGUACCUGAACUCCGGGACAGUGACACUGCUGUCCUUUGCUGUGGAGGCUGAGCACACCUUCCUGGACUACAUCAGGGGCGGGCCACUCUACCCCCCAGGACCCAACUCAACUUCACAGUGGCCAUCGACUUCACGGCAUCCAAUGCCCACGUCCCUGCACUACCUGAGCCCCUUCCAGCUGAAUGCCUACAGCCUGGCACUGCGGGCCGUGGGGGACAUCAUCCAGGACUACGACAGUGACAAGAUGUUCCCAGCCCUUGGCUUUGGUGCCAAGGUCCCGCCGGAUGGGCACGUGUCUCACGAGUUCCCACUGAACGGGGAUGCAUCAAACCCGGCAUGCUGUGGCAUCACCGGGGUGCUGGAGGCAUAUCAGUGCAGCCUGCGCCGUGUCCAGCUCUACGGCCCCACCAACUUUGCCCCUGUUGUCAACCAUGUUGCCCGCUCAGCGGCCACAGUGCUGGAUGGGUCCCAGUACUUUGUCCUCCUCAUCAUUACCGAUGGUGUCAUCUCCGACAUGGCCCAGACCAAGGAGGCCAUUGUCAAUGCUGCCAAAUUGCCCAUGUCCAUCAUCAUCGUGGGAGUUGGCCAGGCAGAGUUUGAUGCCAUGGUGGAGCUGGAUGGGGACGACAUCCGCAUCUCUUCCCGUGGGAAAGUGGCUGAGCGUGAUAUCGUCCAGGUACCGACCUCACCAAUGCGCGAUUUGGGGACCCCCUUCCAGCCCAACCAGCAAGGUGGUGGGGGAUUCCCUGGGGACUUCAAAUCAGCGCCAUCACUCCUGGGGUGCACUGGGUGGGACUGGUGUGUAGGGAUAAUGUGGACUGGGAUGUGGGGCAGCACUGGCAUUUGGGGGUGCACUAGCAUUUGGGGGUGCACUGGGACAUGAGUGGGAUGCACUUGGACAAGGAGAUGCAAUGGGUUUGGGAUGCACCUGGAUGGAGGGAUGCAUUGGGAUUUGGGGGUGCACUGGGACAUGGUGAGGGGGCUUCAUUGGGAAAACAGGGUACCCUGGGACUUCGGAUGUACCUUGGAAUGAGGGCACAUGGGAGUGUAUUAGGAUAUGCGGGGCACCGAGACAGGAAGAGGACAAUAGGGCAUGAAAGGAGGUUUACUGGGAAAUGGGGGGUGGUUGGAAUGUCGGGGAUGUGCUGGGACAUAGAAGCUGUGCACUAUGACAUGUAAGGAUGCACUGGGAAAAAGGAGUGCACUGGGGCUUGGAAUGUAUCACAGUGGGGGGAAACACUGGGGCAUUGGGUGCACUGGGUACAUGGUGGGGACCUUCACUGGGAAAAGUGGGUGUACUGAGAUUUGGGAUGUACCGUGGAAUGGAGGUGCAGUAGGACAUGGGGGUUUAUUAGGAUAUGGGGGGCACUUUGGCAUGAAGCAGGAUUGGUACUGGGAAAUGGGGGGCACUGGGAUGUGGGGGCACUGGGACAUGGAGGGCCUGUACUGUGACAUGAAGAGAGGAUGUACUA